UUGUUAGCACAUGUUUUAAACUCGCGGGUUGUUACUACUUGGGUUUGCUGUAUGAUAACAAAUGAUAAAUUUAUAGCUGAUAUACUGUAAGGAUGUCCCAGGACAAGGUAAUCCCAGUGAAGGUGGCCCUCCGUGCCAGGCCACUAAUCCCCAGGGAGACAUCAGAAGGGUGUCAGCAGUGCCUGGAGUUCAUACCAGGAGAACCACAAGUUGUAAUAGGCACCAAGUCGUUUACGUAUGACUUUGCAUUCUCCCCCAACACGUCCCAGGAGCUGGUUUAUGACAGAGCAGUGGCAAACCUUGUGAAGGGGGUUUUCAAAGGAUACAAUGCCACAGUGCUGGCGUAUGGCCAGACAGGCUCUGGUAAGACUUAUACCAUGGGGAGUGGAUACAACAUCUCCUUGGAGGAAGACGAGGACCUGGCGGGCGUGAUCCCCAGGGUGGUGAGACAGCUGUACAGAGGCAUUCAGGAGAGGGAGGAGAGCCAUACCUUUGUGGUCCGAGUCUCUUUUUUAGAGAUCUAUAAUGAAGACCUCCAUGAUCUGCUGUCAAGUAACAGCAGCAAGGAUCUGGCCAUUAGAGAAGACCCAGAAGGGGGAAUUUUGAUCCCUGGCCUGACAGAAACAGUAGUUUCCUCCCCAGAGGACACCAUCUUGUGUCUAGAACACGGCUCCACCCACAGAACCACCGGCGCCACCGCCAUGAACGCCACCUCCAGCCGUUCCCACGCCAUCUUCACCAUCAUGGUGGAACAGCAAAGCCGAGAAGACAGCAACGACUUCAUGAAGUCGAAAUUCCAUCUUGUGGACUUGGCUGGGUCGGAACGCUGCAAGAGGACCCAGGCGGAAGGCGGUCGCUUUAAGGAGGGGGUCAACAUCAACCUAGGGCUCCUGGCCCUGGGUAAUGUGAUCAGUGCCCUAGGGGAUGAGUCACAGAAGAGAAGUCAUAUCCCCUAUAGGGACUCCAAGCUUACAAGGCUGCUGCAAGAUUCCCUGGGUGGUAACAGUCACACUGUGAUGAUAGCCUGUGUCAGUCCCUCGGAUUCCAACAUGGAGGAGACCCUGAACACACUGAGGUACGCAGACAGGGCCAGGAAGAUUAAGAACAAACCCAUUGUCAACAGAGACCCACAAGCGGCAGAAAUCUUGAGACUCAAAGGAGUGGUUCAACAGCUGCAGGUUCAACUUAUGCAGAAUGGUGGAGUUCCUGGCAAAUUUGAAGGGUCAAUUGACAUUAAAGCUUUAAAGGAAAGAAUUAAAGAACUGGAGGAGGAAAAUCAUAAACUCAGCAAAGAAUUGGAAUCAGCUGUGGAUAAUAGCACAGGGCUUUGUGAGAAGAUAAUAAAGACUGAGCUGGCCAGGGACAGGUUGAAGGAAAGACUGAGGGACCUCAGGCAGCAAGCAGGGCUCACUCUCAACAUCACACAGGAGCUGGAAAUCAGUGGGGAAUUGAAAGAUAAGGUGGAUGCCAUGAAAGAUUUAAGCAGAAAGAUACAGGAAUUCCCUGAAGAAGAACAUGAAUUGAGCACUAUAGAAGAAGAGACCAAAACAGAGAGCUCUGGCUCUUCUCCUGUCCCAGAUGAGUUUGAUGCCAAGCACGCCCUGUGUCAGGCCAAGCUGAGUAAAGAGCUGCAGGAGCUGAACAGGCUGAUCAACUUGAAGCAGGACCUGGCGUCUCAGCUCUCCGAGAAUGACGGCCGUCUGGACAACAUGAGAGUGGAAUAUGAGAAAAAUGUGAAAGAGCUAGAGAGCCAGCUGGAGAACCUGAUGAAGGAGAAGGAACAACUGCAGGCUGCCCUGGACUCAGCCAAAGCUCAGACUAAUGCCAACAAAAUCUCGGAACAAAGAAGACAGAGAUUAAAAGAGUUGGAGAAAGAGCUGGCAGCUAAGAAGAAGGAACUACUGGAGAAGAACAAGAUUGUGAAAAUGAAGGAAAGCACAGACAAGCAGGUCACAAAGAUGAACACUGACAUACAGACAAUGAAGCAGCAGCGCGUAAAGCUGAUGAAGCAGAUGAAGGAAGAGGCAGAUAACUUCAGGAAGUGGAAGCAGAGUAAAGAGAAGGAAGUGAUGCAGCUCAAGGCUAAGGAUCGUAAAAGAGAAUACGAAAUGACCAAGAUGGCCAGGAAUCAUGAGAAACAGCAGGGUGUGUUGAAGAGGAAGGCAGAAGAGGCUGCUGCUGCUAACAAGAGACUGAAGGAGGUUCUGGAGAAGAGGAAGGCUGUGGCAGCAGAGAGGAGCAAGUGCCCUGAAAAUGAGAGGAACAGAUACCAGCUGCAGGUCAAGAGUUUGCUCAACCAGGACCUGGAGAUAGCGGUCAGUUUGAGGGAGGCCCAGCACCACCUCCAGAGUCUGAUGAACGACAGAAAGGAACUGACCAAGCAGUUGUCUGAUCUCAAGGACAAGCUGCUGAAUGGACCUCCCAAAAAGAAAUAUGCUUGGGGUGGAGCCGGUGACACGAAGGAAUCAUCUGAUGAAGACAAGGAGGAAAUCAAGAAACAAAUCCGCACCCUGGAGCAAGAUCUGGAGUUGAGAAAUGCUCAAAUUGCAGACCUACAGCAGAAGAUUGUGGACGCUGAAGACGGUUUCCGCUCCAAAAAUCUGGAAAGCAUUGUAUCACUAGGACAAGCCAAGACAGGCAUGAAUUAUCUGCUGGACCAGGCUGUGAUUGCCAAGUGUGCCCAGAGCAGAGUGGCCUGUGAACUGAGGCACCAGAGGAACACUGUGGAAGACCUGACCAAACAGACAGAAAAGAUGGAGGAAGAACUGAAGAGUGUCAGACAUAUCCACCAGGAGGAGCUGCUGGCUCAACAGAGACAGUACGAAGACAGGGCUGCUGCUGCUAACAAGAGGCUGAAGGAGGUUCUGGAGAAGAGGAAGGCUGUGGCAGCAGAGAGGAGCAAGUGCCCUGAAAAUGAGAGGAACAGAUACCAGCUGCAGGUCAAGAGUUUGCUCAACCAGGACCUGGAGAUAGCGGUCAGUUUGAAGGAGGCCCAGCACCACCUCCAGAGUCUGAUGAACGACAGAAAGGAACUGACCAAGCAGUUGUCUGAUCUCAAGGACAAGCUGCUGAAUGGACCUCCCAAAAAGAAAUAUGCUUGGGGUGGAGCCGGUGACACGAAGGAAUCAUCUGAUGAAGACAAGGAGGAAAUCAAGAAACAAAUCCGCACCCUGGAGCAAGAUCUGGAGUUGAGAAAUGCUCAAAUUGCAGACCUACAGCAGAAGAUUGUGGACGCUGAAGACGGUUUCCGCUCCAAAAAUCUGGAAAGCAUUGUAUCACUAGGACAAGCCAAGACAGGCAUGAAUUAUCUGCUGGACCAGGCUGUGAUUGCCAAGUGUGCCCAGAGCAGAGUGGCCUGUGAACUGAGGCACCAGAGGAACACUGUGGAAGACCUGACCAAACAGACAGAAAAGAUGGAGGAAGAACUGAAGAGUGUCAGACAUAUCCACCAGGAGGAGCUGCUGGCUCAACAGAGACAGUACGAAGACAGGAUACUUUACCUGCUGCGCCAGUUGAAAACUAAAAAAGAGGAUGAGCCUCUUCUUAACAGCACUCUAGAUGAGCAAACUAAGGAACGCCUUAAGUUCCAGGAGCAAGAAAUAGAGCGACUCAGUGGCCUACACGAGGAGUUGCAGAAGAAAAUGGAGGAAUGUGAGGUGUUGAAGAAGGAACUCACCCUAGCCAAGUAUCAAGGUCGCAAGAUGUCUUUGAUGCCCACAAUUACAAGAGCAGACGGCUCUCCGUACUUCACUCCUCCCAAUCCCCUGCUACGGAAGAAGAAGCCUAAGUCUCAGCGCACAGAGGCAGAAUUGAUGCUGGACUUUGACGACUUCUCAGACACAGAUUCUGACGACUUCAUAAAGAAGAAGCCUAAGUCUCAGCGCACAGAGGCAGAAUUGAUGCUGGACUUUGACGACUUCUCAGACACGGAUUCUGACGACUUCAUAGCUGAUGACAAAAAUGACAAAGACUGGACAAAAACACCCCUUUACAAAACAAAAAAUCAGAGGAGGAAGACUUACAGUGAAAUUUCAAAGGACAGUGACAAGUCAUCCAGUGGUCCCGGAGGAGGGAAGUUUUGUUCCUGUAAAGGCAACUGUCAAACCAAGCGGUGCUGUUGCAGGAAGAGCCUGGGUCUCUGCGUGGACAGCUGUGGCUGUAACCCCGACACCUGUGUGAACAGAGAGGGCAACUCUGAAAAUGUGAGCCAGACAUCCAGUGGAGGCCUCAACACCACAUUUAACGUAGGGUUGGACCAAUCUGGCCCAGGGAGUGCCGACUCCACAUUUAACGCCAACACCAGUGUGGGCAGGGCUACGCGUAAAGCCCUGGCAGCGAUGAAUGCCUCACAAGAGGAAAAACCUAGAAGAACACGUAAGAGCAGGGAAAGCACCAAAAGACCAUCUGCCAGUAGUUUGUACAAGCUGGAGUCGGAAAACAGUGAAGGAAAAGCAGAAGAUGAAGACAGCGAUCCUAUAACUGAUUUAGGUCAAGGGGGUCUGAAGAAAAAGAGGAGGUUGCUGAAACAAGAAAACAGCAGCUUUUUUCCUAGCAUUACUGACGAGGCAUAAGAUGCUGGGCUUGCCUGCUACAUUCCAUA